AAAGUGUGCUAGUAAGCAACCUUGUAUUCCGUGAAAAUUGUUAAAAUUUAUCGGAAAUUGAUCAAAAUUUUCUUGUGAAAAGCUAUUUUUGAGAAAAUCAUCAAAAUUUCAGUCAUUUAUUCACUUUUUGUGAAUAAAAUCAACAUUUGAGAGGAAAAUAAAAAUCGAUAAAUUCUUACCUCACAUAAGGAAGAAGAUAUUGGCUACAAAAAAAUUCAAGGACACCCAAAAUACUUCAGUGAUUAACUAAAUUUCAGAAGUAUUUCUCGUUUUUGUGACUUUUUUGAGAGAUUUUCAAGAUGUCUUGUGGUGGUUGUUGUUGUUGUAAUUAAAUGAAAGGCACCAGAGCAAUCAAAAUGGCAUCAGUUGCACAGAAAACUAAAUCAAAUGCAAGUUCGGCGGCUAUCGCCUUUGCUGGUUUCGCAAAACCAAAAGACUUAAAUAGACAAUUGAAAAGUGCGCGAGUGAAAAUGAACUUAAUGCUGCAUAAGUCAAUUCGAAGAAAAGACAAUUUUACUUAGUGCUGAAUAUGAAAAUUAAAGAAAAUGUCUAGAUGAACUCCUAUCAAAAAUUUAUGUUUAAGAAAAAUUAAUGAAAAAGCAGCUAAAAAAAAUUUUAUUGUAAGAAAAUUAACCAUAAUUGGCUUAAAUCAAUCAACAAGUGAAUCGGAAAAUUGAAAAAAGUGAAAACCACUCAGAAAAAAUUUUACCGUUAAGAUUCAAGGAUUUUUGGCUCAUCUUUUCAAUCACUUCUAUAUUGAUAUCAUUGGAAUUUUAUCAUAAAAAAAUUGAAAAUUUCACCUUUUUGGAGUAUCUGGACAUCAUCAACGUAUUCAGCGGCUUUCAAACUACCUCCCAGCCCACUCGGGGCAGCCUUUGUGGCAUCUAAUUGAUGAUCAGUGGCACCACUGACUUUCGGUAUUUUGCUGAUUUAUUAAACUUUUCGGACCAAUCAUGGACGCGAUGCAACUGUUGGACUUUUUUGACGUCAAUCACAACGUCUUGUGCGACGUAAGACCUCAAACGGCACCUCAAGAAGAAAUUCCCACAGCCUGGAUUUUCGGCUACGGCUCGUUAUGCUACUACCCCGGAUUCGAAUUUGAAAAAUGUGUUCUCGGAUACAUUCGCGGUUACUCGAGAAAGUUCUGGCAAGGCAAUACCACACAUCGAGGUGUGCCCGGCAAACCAGGAGUUGUGGCAACGUUAAUUGAAGAAAAAGAGGGAAUCACUUGGGGAUGUGCUUACAAAAUAACCGGCAGUCUCGCAUUGGAAUAUUUGAAGCAACGUGAAUGCACCUUAGGCGGCUACGUAACGGAAAUGACCAAAUUUUAUCCGCGCAACAAUGGAGAUGCGUUCCCAGCAUUACUUUACAUCGCUACGCCCGUCAAUGAGCACUGGAUCGGAGAACUUCCCGAGCAAAAAUUGGCUGAAAUGAUUGUCGACUCACGCGGACCUUCAGGACACAACGUGGAAUAUUUGAUACGUUUAGUCAUCUUUAUGAGAGAAGAAUUGCCUGGAAUGGAAGACGAACAUUUGUUCAAGUUGGAUAAAUUUGUCAGGCAAUAUUUGUUGGAGCGAAAAAUGAGUCUCAGCGAGUGCAUGGGACCUCCAAAGCCACCAAUUAGACGUGAUAUGAAUGCGAAUGACGUGCCUGCACGACCAACAACUUUUGAGCACACGUCACGUGUUCCUAGUCGCCGUUUGCGUUGCUUGAAUAUUUAAAAGUUUAAUAAAAAAGGCGAUUAAAUUUAAUUAUUUUUGACUUUUUGUCACAAAAGAAAUAUGAAAAUUAUACAAAAAAAAAAAAAUUAAACAAAAAAAAUUAAUAAUUUUUUGAAUAAAAAAUUUUGAAUUAUUUUUAAGUUAACACAAGUUUUUCAGUUAAAAAAAAUACAAAAAAAGUAAAAUCGAGUGACAAAAAUUCAAAUAAUAUUAAAUUUAAUCGCCAAAGCAAAAU